AUGAGUGGCACUCUUAGACCCCCUUCGCUCCAGGUGAGCGUCCCAAUCGAUGCUCCGGCAUACUCAGACGGUGGACGGUACGCAGUGUCAGAUGGCUCUGUGCAAUCCAGCUCCUCAACACCAACGCUCAGACGCAAGCGCUUCAAGAUGCGCCGCAUGAGGAAUGUGCCCAGCGAGAGGGAGCUUGAAAGGGGGCGGACAACUGUUGGUCAUCUCACGACCCGAUCCGGCUCCAAGGAGUACCUGCAGCUGCCUUCCAUUGAGAUCACACCAUCCAGUGAUGAAGACGCCACCUCCACCUGGUCCCGCUGCUCCACGCCCAGCGCCUCUCCGCGUCGCAAGCGCUUCCUGUUGAGGAAGUGGCUAAAGGUCCGACAAAAGAAGGAGCAAGUCAGUGAGAGCAGCAGCCAGCAGAGCAGCCAGCAGAGCAGCCAGCAGAGCAGCCAGCAGAGCAGCCAGCAGAGCAGCCAGCAGAGCAGCCAGCAGAGCAGCCAGCAGAGCAGCCAUGAAGACGAUGGCACUCGCUUCUUGACUCCAUUAAUCCGAGAGGAGAGGUCUGACAGUGCAGCGGACAAAAUCAGGUGGCAGCUGAGCAAUCUGGAACUGAAAGUGUCUGGAGAGUGA